UCAAAAUUUUUAUAAUUCAUAACUCACAUCAGCUCGCAUUGAAAACAAUACAAAAUCGUAUACUUCUACUCCAUACUUCUCCAACCGUAUAUACAUCCGUCCCAGCGGCAAAAACACAAGGCCACCCUCCGUAUCCGUUUACUUACGCGACCGUAUAAUACAAAUCCGUAGCUUCUGAUGACAAUGGUGGCAUCGAGGUCUGCACGGGUUACAGCAUUUUGGCAAAUUUGAGGGUUUUGCUUAUACAAAACCCUCAUUCUUCACCACCGUUGUCCAUCCUUUUCCAGAUUUCUCUCCUUUCUUCACCAAUUAAUGGACUCAAACUCGCGCGACAAUUUUUUCAGUUCGUUUUAAGCCGCGAACUGUUAAAUUUGGCGGAGUAUUCGUUGGAAAACACUAAUUUCGAAGGUUUAAACCUUUUUUUACUAACCUGGAGCUAUAAUUCAAGCUUUUGGUGCCUUUGCGAAGCCGCUUCAAUCAUGACGACGUAUUGUUUUAGAGGUUCUUUUACCAAGUAUCAACUCAUGCUUUCCAUGGUCGGACAGUUUGUAUGAAUGUGUGAAUAAAUUUUGUGUGAUUAACAAGUUAGGAGCCUAAUUUAAUAGAUGGUGUACUGUUGAAGUGGAAAUCAUCUGGCGAGGAUUGGGUAUUGGGAAAUGAGCGGACAUGAGUAGGGCAUCAAUUAGGCCUCGUCCAGUCGACAUUUUUAGGAAACUUCCUAUAUUAAAAUCAGUCAAGGACCUUGAAGAUGAUGAGAGUGCUGGAACUCGAGCUUCUCAACUUGUCCGCCUUACAUUGGAGAAUGAAAACGAUGUGGUACAUGCAAUUCCUGUCAGGAAAAAUUCUGAUGAUAUACCUACACCACAGUUUGUUGUUGUGGAAUCAUAUGAAAGAGAUUAUGAACGAACAUUUAUGCAGCCUACAACUUAUUUGCGUGGAGGGGGAAACAGGGCAGAAAAUUCAGACAUCGUUGAAUAUGAUCUGGAUGAUGAAGAUGAUGACUGGAUGCAAGAAUUCAACAAAGAGAAGAAAAUGCUCUCACCUGAUAAGUUUGAGAACAUGCUGUACAAGCUUGAAAUUUUGGAUCACAAGGCUCGUGAACGGGCAGUAGGUUCAGGAGCAACAUUUGGUCAAACAAUACCUGUUCUUCUUCAGCAUGACACAGCAGUUGAGGCUUUGCAGUCUCCAAAUACAAGAUAUGCAGUCUUUCAGGCUGUAUACAACUACUGGAAAGCAAAGAGAGAUCGAUGGCAAAAGCCUAUUCUGCGUCGAUUGCAGCCACCUCCUCCAGUCAAUGACACCAACCCAUACAAUGUUUUCAGACCUAGAGAGAAGGCUCAUCGGCUCCACACAAGGCGGACACAAAGGCGAGAGAACAAUGUUCAGUCUUUUGAGAAACUUCGUCAGGUUAGGCGCAAUCUAGAGCAAGCAAAAAGAGUGUUUGAAGCUUUGACAAAGAGGGAAGAGAAAAAACGGGAAUUCAUGGAGUCUGAAAUAAACUUGCAAAGGGAGCAGAUUAAAUACAAGCAUGAUACCCAUCAUGAUGAGGAUGGAUUUACACUUAUCGGUUUCACUCCCACAAAUAAGUCCACAGUAAACAAACGUGGAGAUGAUGAACGUGUUACAGGACUGCUUGCAAAUUCUUCAGAUCUGGCAAAUGGUCAUGCACGCAUUCGUCCUGGAUUUGCACAAACACCACCUGUUACAGAUGCUAUGCCAAUGGUAGAGGCGUCAGAUCAAAACAGGAGGGACUCAAAAAGAAAUUACGAACAGCUCAGAGGACGUGUGAAUAGAAGGGACCCUCAGGAGCCAGUAUUAUUGUUUACAAGACCUCUAGAUCCAGAAAGAUUGGCUGCUGCUGGGAUUGUGCUUCCUCGAGGGCGUGUUAGGAUGGGUCGUGGAGGGCGUAUUUUAGUUGAUCGGUGGGAUCCUCUCACUCAAACACCUUUGGGGUGGGACAGGUCUCCUUUUUCAACAGAAAGUCUUCAACCACCCCCUCCCAGGCUGUAGAUGUCAAUUAGCAAAGUUAGUUCAGUUUAAUUACUCUCUUUAGCUGGUAAGAGUCUCAGGAGCAAUUGCAAAAGCAAAUCCAAGGCCUUCGUGAAGAGGAGCACUUGUAGUACCCAUUGCUAUUCACAGAAAGCUAAUUGCAUAGAUCUUUCUUUAGCUAUUUUUCUUUUCCAGCAGAGAUAAGUCUGCACAGGUCUCUGGUUGAGGCUCUUGUACUAGUAACUUUCCAAUGUAUUGCCUCUGAAAAUUGGCAUUCAUUUGAAUCCAAUUGAAUUGUAUAAGGACGAGAUGUUAUACAGCUAUACCCGUCAUACAAGUUUGUGUAUUCAUAGUCACUGGAGGAGCAGUGAGAGUGACAUUUUGCACACGCCCAGAAUGAUGGGAUUGCCAGCGGCUUGGCAGCUUCAUUUGUUGUCACUCCUAAUUUGGGUGUUGGAUGUGAUGCGGUCUUGAUAUGACCCACAAUGUUGUACAAUUAUUUGCUUUAUCUUUUUUCGGCUAAAGCAACUUUGCAUUUUUUGAUCUUACAGGCUCAUGAUGCAUACAGGUUUUAUUGAAAUUACUCUUUAUGGA